AUGGCACAAGUUCCGGACGCGUCUACAGUGCCAGUACCUGAUGUGAGCCCUGAGGAAGAGGCUUUGCUGUUUGGGUCUCAAGGACAACCGACAGCACCUGCUGGAGGAGCGAACCCUUUUGCGUCGCCUCCGGCAACUCCAGCUCAAGCUCAUGCUUCGCCUACUGGAAGCCAAGUGGGUGGAGUACAAGCUGGAAAUGGCCUUGGUGAAGGCAACUUCCAAGCCAUCUUCUUGGAGAUGCUAAGGCAGCAAAGUCAGGCCAACCAGCAGAACCAGCAGUUGAUAGCUGCCCUCAUGAGAAGAAUGGAUUUGGAAGAGAAGCGUCGAAAUGAGGCUGAAGAGAAGGCAGCGGAGACCGCACGUUUGGUUGCAGAGGCUGCAGCUAGAGCCAAGACGGAAGACCCGUUUGCAGCUGCACCGAGCACACCUUCUGUGCCUUUUGCAGGAGCUACCUCGUCUUCGAGCUCUGUUCGGAGCCCAUUGGUGCAGAAUAGGGCGGAGAAGUACCUUCCAUCUCUGCCGAUGCUAGAGCAUCAAGGCAUGAACAAGGGCAGGAUGCGAGAAGUCGAGACAUGGCAUGCCUACCUGGAGACACUGUCAUCGUGGCUUGCUCUUCAAGAUGAGUCUUUCGUUCGAGAGUUGCAACUCUGCGUCAAGCAAAAGAAUGAGAUCCUUCAGAAGGAUUUGGCGGAUGAUGUUGCUGCUCGAAGUGCGAAGCUUUACUACUAUCUCACCCAAUCUCUCUCACGUUGGGAAAGAGGUCAGGAGUUGCUACGCUCGUGCUCGAAAAGGCAGUCUCUCAGUGCCUGCGGAUACGAGGCUGUGAGGACCAUCACGCAGCAAUACAGCAUCGUGUCUCGCAUGGAAGCUGUCUACGUGCGGGAGCAGUGCCUCAAGUUGGCGACUACGUGCCAGCAUCACCGACGGCCGACAGACCUCAUCCGUCACUUGGAGGACGAGUUUUCUCGUGCCGAAUCCAAGCUUGGGAACUUUCCAGAGUUGCGUCUCACGGAGGCUGACCGCUGCAGUGUUUUGCUGCAAGCUCUGAGCCAGGAGCUCAGACAGUACGUCGUUCUUCAUGGGAAGAGCAACGACUGGACAUCGCUGAGCGAUAGCCUUCGGUACUAUGAGGAGCAGCUUCGUCUGUGUGAGGGUCCCUUUUCCUCAAAUCGGCAGAUGUCAGGAAAGGGUGACAAGCUUUGUGACCACUGUGGACGAAAGGGACACCUGGCUAAGGACUGCUGGAGCCGUCAGCGUGAAGCCGGUGAAAAGGGCAAGAAGGGCGACAAGGGCAAGAAGGGCGAUGGCAAGGGAGCGCAGAAUCCCAAAGGAAAGCCACGCUCUCCAACGCCGAAAGGCGGAAAAGGCGGCAAAGACAAGGAGCAGAAGCCCGACAAGCCUGAUAAAGGCAAGGGCAAAGGCAAGAAGAAGAAGAAGGCUAGAGCCCGGGCUAUGGGAGAACCAGAGUCCGAGGCAGAGUCCGAGUCUUCGAGGACCUCCACCGUGAUGGCGAUGAGGUUUGCCAAGCCUUCUGCUGUACGAGAAGUACUGAGCCAGCCUGAGCCUGAGAAGCCUAAGCCCGUAGAGGCAGUCCCUAGACCGGUCGCUGUAGGGCCGAAAGUCACUGUAGAUGAGAAGGUAGGCACCCUGACUGGAAGCACCUCGAAGGGAGAUGCGGCAUACGUCUGCGCUUCGCUGCAGGGAUCGGACAUGGAGAUCGACUCUCUUCCUGUUGACAAGGAACCCAGGAAAGACAUUACUGCAGGACCAAGCAUCCUGAAGAAGACUUCGAAAGAAGCGAAGAGUGAUGAGAAGCCUGGAAAGGACGAGAAGUCUAUCCGGAAGGUACUGAGCAUGUCGGAACCGCCAAUGGAGGUGGAGCAAGAUUCCCACAACUCUCCAGCGGAGAGUGCCGGGCAGGAGGUUGCGUUUUUGAAUGCACCAGUAGAGCCUGCACCAGCAGAGGCGGCGCCAGUCGAGACUGCGGAUGCAGAGGCUUCAGCUGCCCCAUUCAAUGUUUUCUCGAGGCCUCCGAGUCAAGUUGCAGUACCUUCGCCUACGGUGGCUGCAUCAGAGACAGGAGAGACAGAAGAGGAGGAAGCAUGGGGAAAAUGGAGGGCAAGCAAGGCCAGGCCUUCGCAGCCAUCAGCCGAGCCGCCGCUGAUAGUGAAGUGGAGAAGCAUGCUGAGGGGGCCGCGCUACAGGUAUUUUAUGCAAGCGAUACGACAACAGCGAGAAGAUCUUAUUGCAUGUGGAUACCCUGUGCCGGCAAUUCCAGAGAACGACCUGGAACCUGCAGUUCCACUUAUGUCUAUCGGAGAUGGGCUCGUUUAUUCUUCCCGCCAGGGGACCAUCUUUGCGUCAUUGACAGAUGCUUUGAUGACCGACGGCUACCUCCUCGAGGUUGGACAGAAGCUCCUUGGGCGGAUCCAACGUCCAGACCCAGAUGUGGGACCGUGCCUGGGAACGGGGUGGUCCAAGAGGCUUCGCGAUCACGAUCCCGAUCCUCUGGAUGGAACGCCCUACAUCAGCGCAGAGGUUGCGUGGGCGCUGUGGCUGCCCGAGUUUCCGGAAGCCCCGGAUCAUGGAGGCAUCCUUCCGGUGAAGAGAAAGAGGGAUUUUUCCCAGCUCACCGACGAGUUGUUGGACGAGCAUACUACAAGGUUCGAACUCGCGGGUCAAGGCCGCACUCUUCAUCAACGCGGCGUGCGUGCAAGGGACGCGCGUGCUGCUAUCGAAGGAUAUACUCCCGAUCCAAGUCACCUACGCCACCAGAGUGGCGGGGACGUGGCUGCGCUGGGUUACAUCAAGCGUAUCCUCAAGGUCCUGACCGUUUACGAGGCCAUGCCGGAAGCGGAACGCAACCUUUUGGCUGGAAUGUACCCAGACGACGUCGAGCUCCAGCUCGAGUGGGUGCCAGGCUCAGCCAUCAGGCAUGGGUGGCGUGCGUUAAUGGGGGCAAUGGAUCAGCGCACCCGGCGCUAUAUCGAGUUCGAAGCAGAGGUCCGAAAAUGGGAGGACUUGCAGUCCGCUCGACCCAAGGUCAAGGCCAGAAGAACGGGUGCAGCUGCUUCCACAGAUACUGGAGGUGGAAUUGGAGCGAUGAACGAAGGCUCGGAGACUGGAGCCAUGAACGAAGGCUCGGAGACAGAGUCUGCAGAGUCAUCCUCGGCAAGUUCAUCGGACGAAUCGAUUCCAAUGGGGGAAUACAUGAUGCAGAGCCGGACCAGAGUUUUGGCGCUCAUCGAAGCGGAGAAAGCCUUGAAAGAUGUGGGCUCCUCUGCGCCGCCCCCACCGUCUCCUAUCAUUAUGGAGCCAUCGCCGGUUGCGACGGACGGGUACAAGUUCGAUCCAGCAUCUCUAGGAGCCCCUCUGGGGGACACUGCAGCUCCAUCAACACCGGUACCUCCUUUGCCUUCCGCAGUUUCAUUGGCCCCUUUGGAGUCAUUCAAGUUCUUGGAUGUCCCACCUGUUGCUUCUUCUGGUCCCUCGGACCACAGUGUGGAGCCUAUGGUGGUGGAAGAGGAGCGGGCCCCAGAAACUCCAGGACCCACGGCACCGGUUGGAGCUCCAAUUUCCGCAACGGAGAGUGUGCCGGAGACCCCUCCUCCAGGGGAAAUUCCAGGUCCCGGUUAUGUCCCGAAGGCAGCUCCUGGGGAAAUUCCAGGUGCUCUGUCGAAAGCCCAGGGGGCACCAGCGGGGGCUACACCGAAGGCCUGGUCUGUGGUUCCAACUUCCUCGCCUUUGACGGUUCCAGAAGCGCCAGUGGCUGUAGAGUCUUUGCCUGCAGUUCCAGAGCCAGCAACCGUGACAGCGGAGGAAGGGCCUACCUCCGAGACCGCUACAUCAUCCGCAGCGGGUGCCCUUCCGCCUCCGGGCGGCUUGGGUCAAACAGCCGAAGAGAGGGAGUUUGUGCUUCCUUCCCCUUGCCAGAAGAAGUGA